AUCUACAGUGCUGGGCAGACGCAUCGUCUCCUCUAUAUAAACAUCCUUCACAGAAGUCAGAACUCAUUUCCACUCGGAUCAGAAACGUGUGAGACUCUCUUCAGCACAUCAGACCAAGCAAGGUGAGAUGGACGGGCUGAGAGCAGCGCUCUGCCUCUUUCUGGUAGUCGCGUAUACGACAUGUAAACCAAUGUGCAUCAUUACAGGAAGCCAAGACUCCGAUGACUCCAGUGAGUCCAGUGAAGAGGUCACCAAUGCAAAGGCAAAGACCCCAGGACCCAUCCUGCUGACCACAACAGAGCCGGACAGCCUGGAAAAGACUGAAGUUGUGACCGAGGAGCCGAAGACUGACCCCCAGACAGCUCUCCCCAGUGUUAAUUCAACCACGAACGCGCCAGUGAUCAACAACCACACGGCUACGCCGGUUUUCCCAGACGUAACCCCAGCACCGCCAGCACCGACGGGUUUCAGCGUAGGACCACCAGAGCCUCAGCCUCCUGUGAACAUAACGAAGGGUGCUGUGAUCCCCUUGUUUACCACAGGCCCUGAAAACCGUGGAGAUCAGCGCUAGUGCUGAAUACCAUCACCACUGACCACAGGCCGCAGUUUAUAGGCCUCCUUCACUGUCAUUCAUCUUCUGUGGCUUCAGUCGUGCAGUUUUAGUAGCUUAGUUUUUGGAGAUGCCUCAGCGGUUCUACUUCUCUUCUUUCAUUUCUGAAACCAUGUGUGACCAUUACAUGAUGGACCAACAGAAGUGACCCAAAUUGCUAGUUACAUUAACUUGCAUUGAAGGAGAGCCUAAUCCAGGGUGUGAAGUGUAAACAGAGGUUCAGAGGGUUUGGAGUGAAACGGUUCAGACGUCUUUACAGUGGUGGUGAUGGGAACCAGGCGUCGCCAU